UGACAGGUUUUCUUUCCAAACCGGAUUGAGACAAUGGAUGCUUACACAAGAAAAGCCGAUAACACUACAGUAACUACAUCAAUGGGACAUCAAUUUCUGUGAAAAAUAGAAGGUCUUUGACUGCUGCCUCAUUUAUCCAAUUCUACGGAUCCAUCGCCAACUCAAAUCCCCAAGGAAGCCGCCAUCUUUUGAGUUAAUCAACCACAAUUUGGACAAGCUUCUUGCGACUUCUAAAUAUGGAAAGUAGUAGCGGAGGCGUAAUUGUAUCAAAAGGGAUGCAGAAUCCAUUUACUUUGAAGGUGGGUAAAGUAUUCACUGGAUUUGGCGUCGGCUGUGGUGCUGGUAUCGGCGUUGGCAGACCUAUAAAUCUAGGUAAUUGCUCUUCAUCUAUGUUGCUCAAUAACACGAUGAAAUUUGGGGGAAUUUUUAAACCUACAGAGGGGGAAAACCAUGAUACUAGUGCAAUACCAGUAUUAAAUCAAGUAAUGGGUGCUGCUAGAGGAGCAACAGAUAUUUUUUCGGGUGUUGGAAGACAUGCCAACAACUCUUUGAAUAAGGUGGGAGCAAAAAACAUUAAAGUAGGCAUUGGGUGUGGAGUUGGUUUUGGCCAUGGUUUUGGAGUUGGUCUUGGUAUAAAGCCUUGGGUGUUACAGCAAAUACAAACAAGCCUUGUACAAACAGCUACAAAGUUGAUGAUGAAAUUUGGAAUGACACCCAACUUAUCAAGUGUUACUGGAGGCAUGUUUCCCCAAUCAUUACAAUUACAAAGUGGUAGUAAGACUAAGACCAUAACCACAACUAUGACACAAGAAAAUGUGUCAUCAAAACCUCCAUUGACUUCAUCAUAUGCGAAUCAUACAGAAAAGGUUAUCAACAACUUCUUGAAAAAUCCUCUUCUAGAAGGUGAAGCGAAGAAUCAGGUGGGUCCCUUGCAUUCUAAGGAGGAGGUCAUUGAAUUGGUUUUAAAACAACAACUUGCUCUUGAGAAGCUUAAAGAAGAAAAUGAGAAGCUUCGGGAAAUAUUAGUGGAAGACUUGAAAGUUUCACCUGAUAAGUUUAAAGUCAAAGUCAAUGGGUACUAUUCAGGUACAAAUACGUAUACAUGUAAUGAUUGUUUGGAGUGUCGAAGGAGACAAAGAAGGGAUAGGAGAAAGUAAGUAAAAGUUUAUGCUCAAUUGCUUAAAUCAAUGAGAAAUGCUUUUUUUUUUCUUUCACAACUAAUAAUAAAGACUAAAUUACAGUUUUGGUCCUUGUGGUUGGCACAAAUUUGUGGUUUGCAAUUUUGACACCAAUGGUCCUUAUCCCAGUUACAGUUACAGUUACCACUAACCAGCUUCUGUUAAGUUUGUAUGAAAUGACUAAAAUGUCCCUGUUUUGUUGUCUUUUUUUAUUUUAUUUUUUUCUGUAGUUUAUCAGUUUUAGUAGUUUUGGUUAGAAAAGACGAUCAUAAAAAUGACAAAAUCAAGAGAAUUUAGUCAUUUUAUACGUAUUUAAUUGACGAUAAUGGGAUAGGGACCAAAUCUGAUGAAAUUGCCAACCACCAGGACCAUUCGUGUCAACAAAUAUUUUUAUGGAUUGACCCGCUAACCUAUUUUGUCAGAUUAAAAAAAUAAAACAUUUAUUUAUUAAAUAAAGGAAUAAGAAGAGCAAGGACUCAUAUGUAAUAUAGUGUUUACUCCUUUAUUUAUUUUUUUUUUAAAAAUUAUCUUUUUAAUCUAAUACAAUAAAUGGGUUGGUGGGUCAAUCCAUGAAACUAUUCGCUGAAACAAACACGGCUGGUAUCUGACAAAAGGAAUUUGUUUGGAGAAGAAAUUGGAAUUGUAGCAAUGUCUCUUUUUCAUUAACUUUUUAUUCGUAUCUUGGAUUUGGAUGUGUUCAUUUGUGUGUUUGCAUGAAGGUUUUUUACUUUUUAUUUGGAUGUGUUCAUUUGUGUUUGCACAAAUAUUUUUAACUUUAUUUGGAUGUGUGUAUAUUUAUUUUUCUAGAAUUUGGAUGUGUUCAGCA